CAAAAGUGUACCCAUUCAACAAAAAAAAAAAAAAAAAAAAAAGAAACCAGCACAGAGAGAAUAUAGCAAUAGCAAUAUGGGUUUCAAUUUCCACAGGCUGGGUCUUGUCAUUUGCGUCUUCUUGGCCACCGUCGCCGUGGUGACCGAGGUAUGCAGCGGCGUCAGAGAAUUCAGCCCUGAAAAGUUGUCCUGCUGUAAGCCGCCAAAGCAUAUUCGGUGCUGCUGCUGCCUUCCGUCGCACGCCAACUACACUUCCGCCGCCGUCGACCCGGCUACUGUUCAAGGCAACAGUACUACCGCCGGCUGGCUGCACUCGGCGGCGUACGCCCUGGGAAGCGCCCGGACGACGGUCGAACCGGAACGAGCCACGGUUCCGAAAGUUGGUGUGUGAUAAUGUGGUGCAUGUGUCGGUCGUGGAAGUAACAUCAAACGCCGGCGUCGUCUGUUUGGUGCUAUGUAUGUACUCGAUGGUUUCUAAGGAAUAAUUGAGAAGUUGGCCGCUACAUCUCAGCAUCUGUACUCCCGAUCGACAUCUUCGUAUUAAUAAAUAAAAUCUGUUUUUGGUUUCUACUGCAUGGUUUAAUUAUGGAAAAUUAAUGCAAUUUUCUUUUUUGAGUCUCUAUGCACUUUAAAAUUUCAAUUUUCCGUCUAGAAUAUUGAUAUGAACGUGGGGGAAAAAGGGAAUGGAUGGGAGGUUUAUCGGGAUAAGAUGAGAGAGCAGAUGAACCCAGAACCACAAGGUCACGGGCUCGGAGCUCCACCGCACUGACCAGCCGGCAAGCCUCCACCCCGCCACCAAAAAGUCCAUACCUUCAACCACAUCUAGUCAUCUACGGGUUGUCCCUCACGGGGCUCCCGAUUCUUCAUCGUGUAUGGGCCACAUCACCAUUUUAUAUUUUUUAAUUAAAUGUAUAAAAGAUUUAAAUUAAUUAAUUAUUUAUUUUGUAAUUCUAACUUCACAAUUUUAACAGUCAAACAUAAUUGUUGUCCACCACGUAGGACAGACUUAACGGAACUAGACGGCAAGUUAUCGCGAAUGAUAUAAAUAUAUAGUAUUGGUGGCUAAAUGAAAGGAAAAAUGGUUCGGAUGACAACGUGUAACAUACAUGUAAUAUGAGUGACCAAACUUGCAAUUCACCCAAAAAGCUGUACACAAAUCUAUGGAGCCCACCAAUUUGUGUUUAUUUUUUGCUCUAAAUCCCUGGGCACGACGUAUUUAUGAAUCCCACAUCAUAACUUGGGAUUCGGCAAGUUGCUAAAAUAUCAUGAUGCAAAAUGAUAUCCCUAUCCCUAUCCCUAUCCCUAUCAUCUUUCAUUAUUCCUAGUUUGAUAUAAUUUGGUCCAUCUAAUAAAAAAUGGAAAGAAGGUAAAUUAGGUUAAAUUCCAGACUAUUAGAACCAUUAUCAAAAUAUCUCAACAAAUAAAUAAUUGUUUCAAAUUCAUAAUAAUUUUUAAAUUUUUAAAUCAUAAAAAUCUCAUUUUUAAAUCCACAUGGUGGAAUAUUCAAGAUACCAUUAAAUUUUUAGAAUUGAGACAAGGAUACCACUAAAAUGAAAAUAGGCCAUCAAAGUAAAAAAAAAAGUGCAUUUUAUUUUUUUCCGUCCAUUCUCACUAACAGCGUGAAGAACAAGAAUUAGCAUUGACGGCAGAUCAUAAAUUGUUGAGUCAACUUGGCCUUUCUGCCACACAUGAUAACAACACAAGGAGAAAAAAUCUCAAUCUUAUCCCAAAAAUCUCAAUCUACAGUUACACAAACUGUUCAAAAGAAGGGGAAAAAAAAACAAUUGCAGAGUACCUAUAACGUCUCCCUUAUGGAGAACAUGUUCGAAACUCUCUUCAACUUCCUCGCCAAAAUUCUGCGAAUCUCACCGGCAGAGGAAACACCAUCAAGUACACGAACGACGUCGGUUAGGAUACACAAUCACUUUCCCUUCUCUCUCUCUCUCUCUCUCUCUCUCUCUCUCUCUCUCUCUCUCUCUCUUUUCUCCCCCUCUAUCUUCUUUUCUCUGCAGCUGUAACUCAACCAGUUGCAUGCAGAUUGCUUUGUUCUCUCAAGUUCUUCUCCUCUCUAUUUUUGUCUUGUUUGUGUAAUAUACUUUCCAAAUACUCAUUCCCGUCGAGAUUGAUCCAUUGAUUGAGGUGGGUUGUGAGUUGUGACAACUUGUAGAUGAGACUUGAGAGAGGGAAUUCGGGGAAUCGGACGGGAAAAGCUUAUUCGGGAAUAACUCGCCAGCAACUCCACAACAAAUUGACCAAAUUGGCUUGUCAUUCAAAUUAUUUAUCUAGAAUCAACUUAAUGAUUUAUA